AUGGAUUUAUGGAAUCUGCCAAUUAGAAUUAUUUUCUUAUUACAAACUACCACUGGAAUUGUGGGAAAUCUCUCUCUUAUGUUCUAUCUAGUCCUUUACUACAGAGAAUGCAAACUAAAGCCUUCAGAUUUGAUACUCAUGCACCUAAUGGCAUCCAAUGCCUUGGUCAUUCUCUCUGCAGGAGUGCCCCACACAAUGGCAGUUUGGGGAAUGAAGCAAUUUGUGAAUAACUUCGGAUGCCAGCUCCUAUUGUACAUUCAAAGAUUUGGGCGAAGUGUGUCCAUUGGCACCACUUGCCUCCUUAGUGUCUUCCAAGCCAUUACCAUCAAUCCACGGGGAUUCUGUUGCAAAGAUCAUAAAUUCAAAGCUGCAAAGUACAUUGGCUGCUCUAUUGACCUUCUCUGGGUCUUUUACAUGUUGAUAAAUUUCAUUUUCAUUGUGUAUCCUUUCAUUGAAAUGAACAGCAAAAAUGUGACAAGAAAACGCGAUUUUGGAUACUGCUCAAUUGUAGGGAGUGAUGAAGUCAGUGGCUCACUCUAUGUAGCAUUGCUUGUGUGUCCUGAAAUCCUCUUUUCUAUGAUGAUCAUCUGGUCCAGCAGCUCUAUGAUUGUCAUUCUGUAUAGACACAAGCAAAGUGUCCAACACAUCCGCAGCAAUAGUGGUUCUAGCAGAACCUCUCCUGAAUCCAGAGCUACUCAGAACAUCCUGGCAUUGGUAGCUACCUUUCUGUUUUUUUAUACCCUCUCCUCCAUCUUACGAGCCUGCAUUGCUUUUUUGUAUAAUCAAAAUUGGUGGCUUGUGAACAUCACUCGCUUCACUUCUUUAUGUUUUCCAUCUUUUGGACCCUUUGUUCUUAUGAAAUAUUAUUCCAUUCUGUCCAGAUUCAGUUUGGUGUGGAUGAGGAAUAAAACCUCUUAA